AGUGUAGACGCAGUGAUGCGGAGUGUAGCUUUCGGACUCCAUAAAACAGCCCUGUGUGAACGCUCAUCAGAAGAUAUGAGUUUUGAAAGAGAGAGGAGUGCAGACAUGACAAUGUGGGAUGUGCUGAAUGAGAUGCGGCUGGAAGAGGAGCUAUGCGACGUGGUCCUCAGAGUGGACGAGGUGGAAUUCAACGUCCACAAGACCAUCCUCUGUGCGAACAGCCCAUAUUUCAGAUCCCUGUUCAUCAGAUGGAGCAGCUCGGAGCAGACGGUGUACACCAUCACGAAUGUAUCUCCAGACAUCAUGGCGAUUAUAAUCCACUACAUCUACACCCAGGAGAUUCGAGUCACCACUGAUAAUGUGCAGGCUCUGUUGGUCAUGGCCGAUUACCUGCUCAUGCGAGACCUUGUUCGCAACUGCUACGACUUUCUGAAAGCACAUCUCAGCCCGGAAAACUGCUUAGGGAUUUGGCAGUACGCAGACACUUACUCGUUCAGAAAGCUGCAGGAUCGGGCCUACACCUACGCAUUGCGUCACUUCGAGGACGUCGUUCGGUCACCGUCCAGUGAGUUCUUGGAGCUGAACGAGGAGCAGCUCAGCGGCAUCCUGGAGAGGGAUGAGCUGAACGUCAAACAGGAGAAAACAGCGUUCGAAGCUUUAAUCAUGUGGAUCGAGCACAAACCCGACAUCCGAAUACAGCACAUCGCUAACCUGCUGCUGAAGGUACGGCUGGCUCUGAUAGAUCUGGAAUACUUCCUGGAAAAUAUCAAGACACACCCGCUGGUCAGCAGCUCCUGGGAGUGUCGGCCCAUCAUCAUCCGCACCAUGAAGGCCAUGUUCUACAUUAACAAGGUUGGACACAACACCAGAUACCCGGAUCCGCUUGCCCGCCCACGGCUCCCGUAUUCCAUCUUGUUCGCCGUCGGCGGCUUAAACGACAGGUCCGCUACAAACACUGUAGAAACCUACAACUCGAGGAUGGACAGCUGGAAGUGCAUCACCAGCAGAGAAGAAAGAGUUCGAGCCUAUCACGGCACAGUGUUCCUGGACGGUUUUGUGUACGUCAUCGGUGGCUUCGACGGCACAGAGUACUUCAACUCGGUGUCCAAGUUCAAUCCCCUUGACAGAACCUGGAACGAGGUGUCGCCCAUGAACUAUUGCCGCUGCUAUGUGAGCGUGGCCAUACUGGAUGGAUACAUCUACGCAAUGGGAGGCUUCGAAGGAAGAGAGUGGCUUAACACGGCUGAACGUUAUCAGCCAAGCACCAACCAGUGGAGCCUCAUCCCAUCCAUGCACGAGAUACGAAGUGACGCCAGCGCAACGACCUUACUGGGCAAGAUCUACAUCUGUGGAGGAUUCAACGGCGACAUGUGCCUUUUCACGGCCGAGUGUUUCGACCCUCGUUACGAUCAGUGGACGCAAAUCGAACGGAUGCACGUCCAAAGAAGUGGCGUGGGCGUCAUCGCUCUUAACAACGAAGUGUCUGCGAUCGGGGGUUUUGAUGGAGCCCAACGUCUGCGGUGUGUUGAAGCCUACAACCCUCGUACCAACUCCUGGAGAAUGCUUGCCUCCAUGUUUAACCCACGAAGCAACUUUGGCGUCGAGGUGAUGGAUGGCCGCUUGUAUGUGGUUGGCGGCAACAUCGGCGAAGACACCACAUCCAACUGCGAAUACUACGACGAAGAGAGCAAUGACUGGUUUAACGUCCAGGACAUGAAUGUCUUCCGCAGUGCGCUGAGCUGCUGCGUGAUUUCCGGGCUUCCCAACAUCACCGACUACACCAUCGCGUACGAUGACUUUCUCUAGACGUGGAGCUUUUUUAUAUGAGCCAAACAUGAUUUUAUGGAGAGACUACAGAUCCUGAUCCUUUCUACUCUCCGGACCUGCCUGAUCCGUUUCGGAUGUCCUACGUCUGGAUGUAACUCUCACCUACCCCAAUUCCAGAUUGCUGGGACUACGGCUGCUUCUAAGGACACACAGACUUCAUAUAAAACCAUAAUGAACUUUUCACGCCAACUGUUGUUACCCAGAUGAGGAUGGGUUCCCUUCUGAGUCUGGUUCCUCUCAAGGUUUCUUCCUCUUAGGGAGUUUUUCCUUGCCACCGUCGCCACCGGCUUGCUCAAUUGGGAUAAAUUUGCACAUUUAAAGUCUGUAUAAACACAGUAUAUGUUUCUGUAAAGCUGCUCUGAGACAAUGUCUAUUGUAAAAAGCGUUAUACAAAUAAAAUUGAAUUGAAUUUA